AUGUCGAUACGCCCUGUGAACCUGGAAGACUUCACAGAAACAUCUUUUGAGGAUGUCGACACAACUACAAGUCCCGUGAACUGGGCCAAAUCUGUGCGAAGUCGGCAGUCGUCGCCAUUAAAAGAGACCGGCGGGCCGCCAUCGAGCACAAGCUCCGAAAGUACCACAUUCUCAAAUAACAAGAAAAGAUAUUCAACACAUACGGAAAGUGACGACGAUGGAGAAGGGUUUUUGGACGAGUUCGAAGAGUUCCGAGGCAAAUCUCCAAGCGAGGAAGUACUAAAAAAACACUUCACUCAAACUCCUUUGGCAACAGGUCGUGGCCGGCUGUUGGAAGAAAACCUCAAUGAGGUGGACGAUGAGAUGGACGCUUUGACGGAAAACUUCGUCAAGAAUACUAGCGUUAGUUCGCGAAACCUGAGCGGGAUAACAGGAAACAAACUUUCGUCGGGCCGCUCAGUAAAGCAGCCACAAUCGAUGCUAAACUUGCGAGACGCAAAAAAACCAAGUUUUCGGGGCAAACAAGCUCAUGAAUUGACUAACAGCAGGUCUGCGUCAAACUUGAGAGCAGGUCAUCGCCUAGGUCCUAAAACUGUUCGAUAUAAAAAAUCCAUGCCAGUGCUGUCCAAGUACGACAUAAUCCGCGAAGAGGACGAACAAGACAAUUACAAAGAUGAAUUUGAAGAAGACUUGAAAAUUGAUAGGAACCUUCUACAGCCGCAAUUUUUGUCGGAAGACAAUUUAAAAUCGCCAUUGAAUCUGUCACCCAACCAGUACACUAUAACUGCUGAUGACUCCUUACUUACCCCUCAGCUUCAUAAGCGACACCGCGAGUGGAUAAAGCCGAGCCAGCUUAAUAUGUUCAGGGAACCUCUGCGACGUGAAAAACGGGGAAGUAAGUAUACCGAUGGCAGCAAGCUGUCCGCGAGCCACAGAUUGAAGACGAUCAAACAGGAAAUAGAUCACAACACGCCUAUGAAAAAGGGUCGUAUGGUGUACAACCCGGAGACGCUGACCUGGGAGGGUAAUGAACAAGCGCUUUCGAAAUUUCGUGACGUGGACUCCUUUGACAAGAAAGCCAUUGUAAUACAGGGCAAGCCGGACCUGCAAGUAUUGCGUGAUCGCAAGUCGAGCACGGCAUUGGGCUCGAGGCCCCGUGGGAAAGUAGUUGGAAGGAUGAUGUUCGACCAGGAAAAUCUACGCUGGGUCAGAAUUGAUGGCAGUGAAAAAGAUCCGUUUGCUGAGAUUCCAGACUACAUUCCCGCUGCAAGUGCUCCUACCGCUUUCACACGAAAGGGACUGGCAUCCAAGAGAUCUCAAAGUCAAUUUGGUCCAAUUCGCAAUGAGCUGGGCGGGAGAUUUUCGUCGUCUGCAACAACGCGCUUCCACUCUCUGGGUGCGACCUCAAAUAGUCACGAUCCCACUUUCAACAUUGAUUCCAAGACGUUGGAGAGGUUUUAUCACGAGGAAAACAGAUGGAGCAGAAAGGUUGGCGGAUGGUUUAUACCGCGAGACACGGAAAUGGAAAAGUUCGAAGAUGGCCAAGGUCUGCCCGACUCUAAAAACAAUAGCUACAUGUAUGAAAUUCGGAACAUGGUGAUCAGCUCUGCGCGUAAUUGA